AUGCCGAAAAAUAAAAAAAAUAUUAUAAAAUCCAAAAAUAAAGAACUUACUGAAUGGAAAAAGGUUCCAAGAAUAAAGAAAUUACAAAAAAUCAGAACAAUACGACAAAUUGAUGAUAUAGAUACACUCAAUGAACCACAUAAAAUUUUGGAUUUAUUAAAGUGUGAUGUACCUCUACGGGUCCAUGAAUACGUUUCGAGGAAAGAAAUAUUAAAUACAGAAAAACAUUGUUAUGAGUGGGCGAAGAAAUUUGGAUUAAUUGCGAAAAAUACCACGAAUAAGGAAUUUAAAGGAAGCAAAUUUGGAUUACUUAUUUGCUACAUAUUUCCAACAACACCCUUUGAAAGACGUUACCUUGCUAUCGAUUUUUUUAAUUGGUUAUUUUUUGUUGAUGAUUUAAUUGAUAAUAAUAAAGAUCUAAAAGGAAAGCCUGAAAAAAUAAAAAUAGUACUCGAUAAAUUCAAGGCUAUUUUAGAUGAUAAACCAAAACCAGAAGAUUUACAAAGCCCAAUAGCUAUUGCGCUAUGGGAUGUGUGGGCUAGAAUGAAAAAAAUGACUACAAAGGCAUGGCAAUUAAAAUUUCGCAAUACUAUUUUACUUUACUUUGAUGCAUGUUGUGUAAAUGCACGGAAUGAGCAUACAAAUAACAUUCCUAAUUCGGUGAAAGCAUAUAUAAAAAUCAGAAGAAAUUCAGGGGCAGUAAUGACUAGUUUUAAUUUAAUCGAACCCUUGCUCGGAGUUCGAAUUUCGUAUGAUAAUCCAGACUUACAAAAUCUUAUGGAUUACUGUAAUGAUCAUAUUUGCUUUACUAAUGAUCUUUACUCGUUCGAAAAAGAAUUAAAGGAAGGUGAAGUUGAUAAUAUUAUUAUAGUUUUACGCUGUCUGCGCCAAUGUUCUUUGCAAGAGGCUAUUACUUAUACAGUGGAUUUAAUCAAUAAGCGAAUGACACAAAUUCAAGAUAUCUUCAAUAGAUUAACACAUUUUAGUUCGGAAAUUGAUCAAGAUAUUAGUAAAUGUGUUAACGCAUUAUUAGAUAUAGUUAUUGGUUCUUUUUAUUGGCAUAAAAUUUCUGGUAGAUAUUCGAUUAAAAAAAAUGAAAAUGAUGGUUUAAGGUUAUCGAUGGAGUUUUAA